GUACGAGUUAACAAGGAUGACUAAUUCACGGGCUUCCGGUUUGCUCGAGAGUAACACUGAAAAGUGAGAGGAGAUGCAAUUAUUCAAAGAUGGAUAACCAGCUGAUUAUUGAAGCCAAGUCUUUGUGUAAGCGCCUUCAGAAAAACAAUUAUGAGGUACUUAUUCUUGGUGCCCACAAGCUGGAGGCCUCUAAAUCCUUCUUGGAGGGAACACCAAUGGGACAACAGUUUGUGGAGAGCAGUGUUUCCUUGUUAAACAAAUUCACCAGCUUCUGUUAUGAAGGUACUUCUGCUGCAAUAGAAAAACCCAGACCUGCCUCACAGUCAUUACAAGGAAAUCCUGUUUAUGGAAACAUCCGUAUCAAGCAGGAGGUUGAAGAUGACUUUGGACCUCCAGCAGAGGUACCAGAACCUCCUGCUGUGUUUGGGCGACAUGGACGUAAAAUUAAAGCUCCGAAAUGGAAGGAGGACUACUACUCACCCACUAGAAGUAAAAGGGCCCAGAAAACAAAGGAGGAGGGGGUGCCACCAAAGAAACGAUCAAAGGUGGAUAAUUCACACCGAAAAAUGCAAAGUCAGGUGAAAGAUAAUUCAGACCGAAAAAUGCAAAGUCAGAUGAAAGAAUCUACCAAAAAGAAUGAGAAACUCAGUUCCCUCAGAAACAACCGCACUGAAAAAUCAAAAUCGCCAGCAAAACCAGUGGAGAAAAAGCAGAAGGAUAAACAUAUAGCUACAGAAAUCAAAUCAGAAAAUCUGAAGCAGACAUCAGAAAUUACAAAACUAUCCAUGGCCUACUCUUGUAGUGUUUGUAACAAAAUAUUUAACAGUCAAGAAAAUGUUGAAAAACACGAAAAAACACACGAGUUUAAGACUUCUUGUCAGUUAUGUACAGAAGUAUUUCAAAGUUUUGAAGACCUCUUUUUUCAUUUGCAUAAGCAACAUAGUGAGAAUGUUUGCUUUUGGUGCACUAUUUUUGAGAUUGAUACAAAGGAGAUGGAAAAACAUAAAGCAAACUGUCCAAGAGAGGGAGAUUUCAAAAGAAAAUGCCACUUUUGCGUAAAAGAAUGUCAUUCAAGAAAUGAAUUUGAAGACCACAUUAUAAAUUGUCAUGGAUCCCCAAAUCAGAAGUGUUCACAGUGUGACAUUAGUUUUUCCUCCCUAUCAGCUUUACAUGACCAUGAGAAGGAACAUGAGUUAACGAAGGAGAAUUACUGCGUGGAAUGUAACCUGGACUUUUCUUCUUCACAAGACUUCUUGGAUCAUGUCUUGAAAAAUCAUAUAUCUCCAUCCUCUGAAAUGGCUAACGAUUCUAAGCCAGAGGCAGUUGAAGGUUCAACGGAUGAUAUCAAGAAUAUUGCUGAAGUUCAGGGAAACAGUGGUGUUAGAAGUUAUGAAACUGCUGAGGUCAAUUCCAGAGAUUUGCUAGAAGAAAAUGAAGAAGAUUUAAAAUCUGAUGAAAAUUGUGAUGAUGAUGACGAUGAUGAUGAUUAUGUAUGUGACGAUGAUGUAGAUGAUGAAGAUGAUGAACAAGGUAUGCAGUCCACUCCACCAGGAAAGAAACUGAAGGUUAAUUUAAAGAAAAAGAAGAAAGAAGGAUCAAAACCUACUCAGAAAUCUGGGAAAAAAACAUUCCAGUGUAAAGUUUGUAAGAAAACUUUCAGCAGGUUCUCCGUACAACAAAGGCAUGAGAAAAAGCAUGAAAAAAAUCUUGUUAACAUAGAAUGUAGGCUUUGCAAAGAAACAUUCUGCAGCAAAUACUUGGAGCUGAAGCACUUGUUAAAAAAUCAUGAAGAGAAUUUCUGCCUCUUGUGUGAUGCCACUUUUAAGGAUGAAACAGAGAAGAAAGAACACGACAGUGGCUGUCACCCUCCAGAUGGAGAAAAAAUAAGGAAAAAAUGUCAUGUGUGUUCCAAGCAUUUAAUGAGCAAACUGAAUUUUGAAAACCACUUCUCCACUACCCAUGGUGGAGAUUUUAAAUGUCAUAUUUGUGGACAUAUCGCUGUCUCAAAUUACAUGUUGAACCGUCACAUGCAUAGUCAUGGAGAAGGUGAUAAGGUGCAGUGUCCAAAAUGCCCCAAGGUGUUUUCACGAAAAGAACACCUUGACAAACAUUUGAGAGACAUACAUAGGGUGUCGAAGCCAAAAGUAGUGAAGGAAACAUUCCCAUGUGAAUGCCAGGUCUGCCAGGCAGGUUUUUACUCACGGAAAGAGCUUGCUGAUCAUAUCAAGGUAUCCCACAUGGCAGAAAUAGAUGAGAAAAUCAUUGACAAUCCCAAGUUUACCAUCAACUUCCAUGAAGAUCAUUUCAUUUGUAAGAAGUGUGGAAAAAGUAGCACAAACGAGAACGAAUUAGCAAUCCAUAUGGCAAGUCACCUGGGCAUUAUGAAUAAAAACGAAACCUUCAUUUGUGAUAUAUGUGGGGAGACAUUUUACAAGAAAAAUCUGUUUACAGCUCACAGGAAAAGACAUACAGAUGUCAAAUCAUUUCCUUGUACAAAGUGCAACAAAAAGUUUCACGUCAGGUCUUCACUAAUUUCUCAUCUGCAGACACAUAGAACCUAUCGUGAUUUCGUGUGUCAUAUUUGUGGCAAUGCUUUCAAAAGUCGUCCUAGUUUGAGAAUGCACGCCAAAAGGCAUGACAUGGAUCGAUGCCAUGUCUGCAAGUAUUGCAAUAAAACAUUUCGAUGUUAUGAUGGCCUUAAGUAUCACUGGGUGGUUUAUCAUCCCGAAGAAGUCCAAAAAAGAAACCUGACCGUUUUUCCUUGUUCAUAUUGUGACAAGGUCCUGGCCACCAAAACACAGCAUGCUAGACACUUGGCCAAACACGGUGUGGAGAAGAAUCACAGAUGUGAGUACUGCAGUAACAGAUAUUGCACUAUAGCUCAACUGAAUUCCCACAUCAAAAACACUCACGCACAAAACAGAAAUAUUCAUUGUACUGCAUGUGACCUCUAUUUUCUCAUUCCGUCGAAAAUGUUAAGACACAUGAAAACUCAUAAGCACAACGAGAACUGUGCAAAGAAAGGAAUUCAUCCAAGUGCCUUUUAUGAACUUCUGGCAAAUAUGGAAAAGGACAUGGUAGAAUCUGUUGAUCUUCAGCAAUACAGGGCAGCCAAAAGCAGUACGAAAUAUCGAAAACUUUACAAAUCAAUGGGAGGUAUAAGGAAGGAUUUAGAAGUACAGAAAGGUUCAGAACUGAUGGGCAUGCUUCAGAAUGAAGAAACAGUGACGAUAGACUUUUCUAACGUCCAGUACAUUGAUAACUUGCCUAGAGAGGUCCUAGAAGAGGUGGAGAUUUCAGAUCAGAACUUGAAGCCAAACACGGAGGUAUAUGUGGUGUAUGAUCAGGGACCUGAACCCAGUGGCCAGAAUCAUAGGAAUAUGAGUUUAGACGCCCAGGCUGUGGAGACCCUACAGUCCAUAUUGAACCUCGGUAAUCAGCAUUAAUUGACAAGCCAAAACAUAUUCAUUGUACAUGUUUCCUUUGAUGAAUGUAGAAUAAUUACCAGCGAAAUUUUCUUGGAAUGAAUUUUAUUGCUACUUUUAUGAUGCAUAAGUCCAAGUAUAUUUGUAUGUAAGUGUAUGUGUAUAUGAACAUUCCUAAAUCAAAAGAAAAUUGACAUCUCAACAUGUUCAAGGGGACUUAAUUGUGAUAUGUGUUCAGGAAAAAUGUUUACAUCAGUUUUGUACAUCAAAUUUUUUAAAUGAUGUAUCUGAAGUAUCUGUUGUUCAGAAUCCACUACGGUGUAUAUUCAUUAAAUGUGCUUAUCUUCCUUUUCCUCCCUGCAUUUUACUAUCUUCUUCCAGACUAAGGACAGAAUAUUAGAACAUAAAAAGAUUAAGAUUUUUGUACAAUCCUAAUCCUGAAGAUAUCUGAUUUGCUUAUGUUGAAAGAUUACCAGGUAUCAGAUUUUAAAAAAGUUGAAGUUAUUAGAUAUUUGAAAUAGUGAGGAAAGUAUACUAAUUACAUCUAAACUUAUGUCCAAGCUUUUGAGAUACAUGUAUCUUUAUAAAGAACUUUGCCAGACAAACAAUAUGAUUGAGCUACAUUAUAUGCCUGUGUUGAGCUGACUUUUUUUUUUGGAUACUCAUGCCUGUAAUUGCAGUUUAGGAUAAUAUCUUGCUGUUUAUUUAUUGUUCAUACUCACUGCAGUUUUACAAAAUAAUGAAAGCUGUGUACAUUACCAGUUUCCAGAAAUUAUUUUUCUUGGGGCAUUUUUUUUUUCAUAAGAUCU